AUGGCGCUCGGCGGGGUCGGUCGCGGCGGCGCGGCGCGGGCCGCUUGGCCGCGGUUGCUGCUGGCGGCGUUGGCGGCGGCGCUGGCGCUGGCGGGGCCGGCGCUGCCCGAGGUGCUGUUCCGCUGCCCGCCCUGCACGGCGGAGCGCCUGGCCGCUUGCUCCCCGGCCGCCCGGCCGCCCUGCCCCGAGCUGGUGCGGGAACCGGGUUGCGGCUGCUGUCCGGUGUGCGCCCGCCUAGAGGCCGAAGCCUGCGGCGUGUACACCCCGCGCUGCGCCGCCGGUUUGCGCUGCUACCCCGACCCCGGAGCCGAGCUGCCCCUGCAAGCCUUGGUGCAGGGACAGGGCACCUGCGCCCGCCGCCGCGACACGGCCGAGUAUGGAGCCAGCGCCGAGCGCCCCGCAGACAAUGGUGAUGACCGGUCUGAGAGCAUCCUUGCUGAGAACCAUGUGGACAGCACUGGGGGGAUGUUGAGUGGAGCCAGCAGCAGGAAACCCAUUAAAACAGGCAUGAAGGAGCUGGCGGUGAUGAGGGAGAAGGUGAACGAGCAGCAGCGGCAGAUGGGCAAAGUGGGCAAGGUCCAUCACAACCAUGAGGAUUCAAAGAAGUCGCGGAUGCCGACAGGCAGGACCCCUUGUCAGCAGGAGCUGGAUCAGGUCCUGGAGCGCAUCUCUACCAUGCGACUGCCGGAUGAGCGAGGUCCCCUGGAGCACCUCUACUCCCUCCACAUCCCCAAUUGUGACAAGCAUGGCUUGUACAAUCUCAAGCAGUGCAAGAUGUCGGUGAAUGGGCAGCGUGGAGAGUGCUGGUGUGUGGACCCCAUCCAUGGGAAGGUGAUCCAGGGUGCACCCACCAUCCGUGGGGACCCCGAGUGCCACCUCUUCUACACAGCCCAUGAGCAGGAGGACCGGGGAGCACACGCCUUGCGGAGCCAGUAGAUGGAUGUAAUCCUGCUUGCUGUGGCCCCGGUGCUGGAUUUUUUACAUGGGUUUCAGCAUGUCUCUUUUAGGCUCUGGAAGAGACCGGGGUUGGGUCCUGUGUGCUGCCCUCCUGCUGCCCCAGUUCUUGGGGAGGGAAGAGAUGACAGGAGGGGAAGGGUGGGGGGGGGAGGGGGGGGAGGUUGCAAGGAGAAGGGACUGCUUUCCUAUAGUCUUUUGCCCAAUGUCAGCCAGAGAACCAGUCUUUUUUGCUCCUCGCCCCGUGGCCCUGCCCUCCCUGCUGCUUUGUGGCGUAUUCUUGCAGGCAAAACAUCUAACCAUGGGUGGGAGGGGGAAAGAAAAAAAAGAAACAACAAA